AUGGUGCUAGGUAGAGCAUCGCGCAAGUGCUCCAUCACACGCCAAUUCAACCCCCCCCCCCCCCCAGACGACGGCGGCGCGGCGGAGGUGGUGAGCGCCGUCCUCCCGAUCGCGGGCGAGCCGGACCUCUACCUCGUCGCCCUCGGGAAGAACCUGUCGGUGGUGCGCUGGUCGACCUCUGACCCCGACCAGCACACGGCGACCACGAAGGUCAUCCAGACGACCACCGACGACCACUUCAACGACGCCAAGUGCGACCCUCGAGGACGACUCUGGGCUGGCACAAUGGGUCCCUUGGAUGAACAAGGAGAACUGGCGGAAUUCAAUAAAUCUUCUCUCUUUAAGUUGGACCACGAUCUCGUCUUUACUGAUUGGGUGAAGAAGGUGUCGAUCUCCAACGGCCUGGCCUGGAGUCACAGCAAGAAAAUUUUCUACUACAUCGACUCUCCCGCGAAGGCCGUGUACGUGUUCGAUUACGACGACGAAGCCGGUGCCAUCAGUAACCAGCGCGUCCUGCUGGACUACGAGAGCGCCGGCCUCAAGGACCAGGUGCCGGACGGAAUGACCAUCGACGUGGACGGCAACUUGUGGGUCGCUUGCUUCGGAGGCGGCCAGGUGAUCUGCGUGGACCCCAAGGCGGGCAAGGUCAUCAGGCAGGUCGCUAUUCCGUCCAAGAACGUGACCUCGGUGUGCUGGGGAGGACCGGACUACUCCACGCUCUACGUCACUUCAGGAACCUUAAAGAUGUCCAAGGAGGAGGUGGCUGCCAACCCUUCCUCCGGAGGAACCUUCGCCGUUUCGGGUCUGGGCACGAAGGGCCUCCCUCCCGUCGCCUUCAAGGUCGACCUCGAGAAGCUCCGUGCAAAAAUGGCUGCGUGAAGGUCUCAUCCAAGUAGUCUCCGCUCCGAUCCAGUUCCUUUGUUGUCCACACACGUAUUUAUCAUGCAUGUCAAUCAGUGCCAAAAAGGUUAAUUACUAUAAACAUAAACGUCAUCAGGUAAAACAGAUCCACGGGUGACAAUGAUGAAGAUAUCGUCGCCUUCUGUCAUCAUCUGGACUGAAGUCUGUAUCGCUUUUGUACCGUCCGAUAAAUUGCGACGUAAAACCGCAUUUUAAUUCCCACGAAGUUAGAGCAGUCUUCCAUUUAUCUACAUCCAUUUGCAUCUUUAUAUUUUGUGUAAGUUCAUCUGUUCUAUGUGAACAUUUAUUAUAAUUGGCAUCAGAGACACGUACAUGCAAGAUUUACAGCAGGGAUUUCAAAGUUGAACAAUAAAAUACCUGUGCAUGCACAUCGUAUAUAACGGUUAAAACAAAUAAAUGUGCUUAAAUAUAAUAAAAUCUUCUGGAACUGUAUGCAGGAACCUCUUUUUUCUGCAUUAACCGAGCACCGUAAGGAUCACCAGAUUGCUGAUUUGAGCAUAUAUACUGGUUCAGCUGAACACAAUAACAUGAAUGGCUCAUACAGACUUGAAUUUAGACCACUGCAUAGUUGAAAAAAUACACAGUAUGUUAUUACAUAAUUUGUGGAAUGCUCACAUCACCUUAGUUAUAUUAUUCAGCUUUACAUAAAGAAAAAAUUAUCAAGGACUUCUUUUUUCUUCAUCUUUAUUUGGAUGGCCUGUAUUCAGUGCCUCGCUGUAUGAGAAUAAUAAGAAUUGAAUGUUCAAAAGUCCAGCCAUUCUGCAUCGUUUAGUCGACCUUGUCACAUCAACUAAGAAAAGAUAUUUUGCUGAUAAUAUAUAGCCUUCAUCGGUCUGCUCAUUCACCAACUAAACCGAAUAGGAAAAAAUAACAAAUUACUUGUUUUAUUGUACGUUCAAUAAAUCAACAAUGAGAUAUCGCGCAAAAUUAUCCUUCAGUACUUGUACCUCCAAAGUUGAUUGCAGAAUUGGGGGAAAAUAUUUUCAGUCAUUUUGAAACUGAACUGAGAAACUGAAGCAAUUAUUAGGUUAAUUCAACAAAUUCCAUAAGUUCCUUCACCGUCUUGUGAGGAUCAUGUUUCCAGAUUUUCAUCAAACAUUAGAAUAGUCUGUCUUGUCAAACCAGUUCAAACCUAACCUAUGCUACUCUUCCAUUACUUCCAUUAUAGAACAGCAAUCGAAGUUCUAGUUAUCUAAAUUAUAAAAAAAAAUCCAAAAUUCCUGUUCGAUUUCUUUAGUCCAACCUGGCAAGUACAGGCUUUUAAAAUGGUUGUAGGCAGUUCAUUUUCUAAAUAUUGUUUAAAACCAUUUUAAGACAUCUGUACAAAAUACACUAUAACUUCAGUUUGGUGAAUUAUGAUCAUGGUGAUAUGUAUCCCUGAAACCCAGCAGUCACCAUCCUAACUUUUAAUGUCUCCUGUUUCUUGGCAUCACGGGAAGUGUUUUGAUGUAUAAUGGCUAGUUAUUGUGGAAACAAGAUUUUUGUCUGUUACAGUUAUUCAGUAAUAUGUACAUGGUCAUUUAUGUAACAAUUUCUUUUCACUUAAUGAAAUACAGUAAGACUCUAUUUGGAAAAAAAUCAAGCAAAGACAACAAAUAAUUUUACGCUAACUAAUCCAAUUACCCCUAUGAAUACCUGAAUUAGCCCCAGUGCUGAUAGAAUCACUUGAGUACAUAACUUCCUACUCUUCAGUGUGCUAGGGAGAUCCAGAAUACAGUAUUUGCUUUGCUUUUUCUUCCCAGUUCACAAUGACCAUUCAAAAUAAAUGCUGUAUCAUGAA